CCAAAACAAGGAAGCGGCGACGAGGAAGAGCUCUUUUAUUGACAAAACUGAAAAAUAACUCGGCACUAUUCGCUAUAAAAACGCGUUUACUAAGCUUAAAUGAUGCAAAACGUUGUGCUCUGUUCCUCCCAGGUGUUUUAAACGAUCACAAUUUCUGCUUGUGCUACUCGUUCCACUUUAUUUUCGAAUGAAUGUGUUGUUUAAAAUGUAGUUCACCGGGCUGAGCAUGGCUGAGAUGGACGGACUGUGGCAGAGCAUGUUCCGCACCGGCUGUCUGGUCCGGACCUCACACACCGUCCUCACCUGGCUCAUCACCCUCAUCCUGUUCCUCCACAACACAGACUUGCGGAGGUGUGAGGAGAGAGGAGAGCUGCUGCAGCCCGUCCUGUUCUCCCUGCUGGUGCUGCUGUCGGUGAUGCUCUACUUCACUGUGUCUUUAAUGGACCCCGGCUUCAUCCUCACCGACACGGCCAAGGGUUCGGAUGAGGAGCUGGAGUCGAUGAUCCCCGAGGCGUCGACCCCGCGGCUGCGUCGCUGCGGACGCUGCCUGCUGCAGCAGCCAAUGAGAGCCAAGCACUGCCAGACGUGCAAACGCUGCGUGCGGCGCUUCGACCAUCACUGUCCCUGGAUCGAGAACUGCGUCGGCGAGAGGAACCACCGCUGGUUCAUCGUCUACCUGGUGGUGCAGCUGGUGGCUCUGCUGUGGGCGCUGCAGAUCGCUCUCUCAGGGGUUUCGUCCGGCGGCUCGUGGAAGCUGUGGUUGACGGUGAACGGCUUCCUGCUGGCGGCGCUGGCGGUGGUGGGCGUGUUCUCCGUGGUGGUGCUGCUGCUGCUCGGCUGCCACCUCUACCUGGUCUCCAUCAACACCACCACCUGGGAGUUCAUGUCACGCCACAGGAUCUCCUACCUGAAGAACUGCGGGGACGAGGAGAACCCCUUCGACCGCGGAGUCGUCUGCAACCUGUGGGACUUUUUCUGCAUCUGCCGCACCGUCGCCUGGGAACAAAUCUACCAGCGGAGCAACCACAACCACGUCUAACCUCCAGCCAGACGGCAAGCCCGCAUCCAGACUGCUGCUGUGGAAACUCUGUGUGAACUCUUUUGUCCAAAAACUGAUUCCAAAGUUUCCGUUUUUUAAAAAUUUUACCAUCCAAUAGGGCCGGAACGACAUGUUUAUCUAUCUAUGUGAUACUAGCACGAUACUUGGGUGCCGAUUCGAUAUGUAUUGCGAUUCGAAACGAUUUAUUGCAAUUUUUGUGCUUUGAAUUCUCCUCUAGUUUGUGGAUGUAAAGUUUGAUGAGGCUGUGAUUCUCCUAGAGGUCACUGUAGGUCAUUUUAUACAGCAACGUCCAGUUUGUAAAAAUGGUACCAACAGAUUCCUUAAGUCGUCUAGUUUCAUAUGAAACCAACGUCUUUACAUCGAUACAGUACAAAAAACGAUUUAAAAUUGUGAAAACAAGAAAGAAUCGCAAUACGCAAGAGAAUCGAUUUUUUUUGUGCCCCACCCCUGGUAUCCAAACAAAAUAUCACAAGAGAAUUUGACCUUAAAAUUUGUCCUUAAAAUGGUGACCUGCCAAAGUGUUUGGCUGUUGAAGUCGACACACCAACCCGACAAAAACACAAUGAACUGUCGUUUGGCUGGCAAGUGGCAGCAGUGAGUCAUCUGCAUAGAAACAUUUCGCCCACAGGUGUGUCCGCAGUAAAACAACCAGGUGGCUGCUGAGGGCGCAGUCACACAAUUAUAUAACAAUUGUUGGGGAUGUCACAGAUGUUUUCUGUGAUUUGUCAUAAGUAGGUCGGACAAAUCAGAUUUAAAUACACGCCAGGGAUUAUUUGCAGCCGGUCUGGUCAGCACUACCCGUCCUGUGUAAAUCUGUCUGCAGGGACAGUCCUAACACCAAACUCCAACACUAAUGGCCUUUACAUUUUUUGCUAAUACCGUACUGUUUUUUUUUUUUUUUAUUUUGAUACUGCUGAUUACAGUUUGAUGUCAGUACUUCUUUCUUACAGUUAAAAAGUGACUUCAUCAUAAAGUGAAUAAAUUAUUGAGUGGCUUUGUGUGUCUCACAAGAUGAAAACUCGAUGCACUGUCACAACUUGUGCUUUUGUUAACAAAGGCAGCAUUUUAUACUGUGUUUGUUUUGUUUUUUUGGUAAUAUUUAUUGACAACAAGGGUACAUUAAAACACUAAUGAUAUUCAUGAAUAUACAAUGCACACGUACAGGCAGACAUUCCUAGUCAGGCUCCACGUUAACACAUUCACACAGGAGUAAUACGUCACAUUCAGCAGCAUGAACUUAAAGUGCUACAGCGGCUAAACCAGCGCCCGUUAGUUUUCCUAGUACAGUACGUUAACUAAUUUAGCUGACAUUCAUCCAGAGCGACUGACGGUGUGAGUGAGCAGGCUGGCUUCAGUGUCUUGCUCAAGGGCACUGAGGCAGGUCGGCGGUCCGACUCCACCCCCCUCCUGCACCUGCCACAGUCCUCGACCUGCUUUGUUCAUUCAUUUAUCUUCAAUAUUCCCUCGUUGUUUCAUGGUGUGUUUGUGUGUGUGUGUGUGUGUGUGUGUGUGUGUGUCAAAUGCUUCAAGGUCAAGGUUAUUAGAGUUUUGCAUUUUUUUUUUAGCUGUUUUUAUUUUCAUUUUGACUUUUUUUCAAUUCCGGAUUAGUAAUAAUAAGUUGAUAAAGCUAGUCUGCUUGUUUUAGUUUAGUUUUUAGGAGUAUCUUUGAUAGUUUCAUGGUGUGUUCAGACCAAACGCAAAGUGAAGUUUCGUGUCGUGGACUCGGCCCUAAACUUUUUGCUCAAGUUGUAAAAUUUCAGCUCAGGAGAAUGACGCACAUUUCACAUUAUCGCGUCAUUCACGACACAGAAAUUUGUGCCUAUUUGGGUCUUUACAUUGACUUUCUAUGUAAUUGCGCAGUGUGAAAAACUCACUUGGCGUUUGGUUUGAACACAUCAUAAAACUAACAAUAAAUUAUACCAUUAUACUAAAAACUAACUUAGCAUUUUCCAAAAAUAAGAACUAAACCAGCAAACCGGCUUUAAAAACUGACUAAAACUAAUCAAUCUGUGUCCUGACUGGCAACACGGACUGGAAACAGGUGGCAAACCACCACCGCUCAAAAACUGGAAGAUAAAUUUCAUAUCCACCUGAAAAUAUUAGCCUUAUGUAUGAAAUAAACUGACAAAGAUGAGAAAGACUAAAGACUU